GAACAUAACCAUAGUGAUCCAAGGAUCUUGAAAGAUGAAUAGUCAUCGAACAUAUUUUGAGUUGUAUAUUUCACUUGUUUUUCUGUUGGUUAUGAGAUGUGAAGCCAUUGACACGACAAUAGGGUUUGUAUCACAACCAUUAAAUCAAUCCAAUUUCGACAUCCAAAAGCCAUACGAUGUUCCCCUCCAACAACGAUACAGCUUCUCCAAUGGCGUUCACAAGCUUUGGGUGUUUAAAACAGACAAACCUCACUCAAGAACCAGCAAAACCAGCCCACGUACCGAGAUUCGUAUUCGAGGUUAUGAUUACGCUUCAGGUGUUUGGCAAUUCGAAGGUUAUGGAUACGUGCCACGUGAGACAACCGGGGUGUGUGUGAUGCAAGUUUUUGGGUCGAACCCCCCACACGCUACAAACACAAUGCUCAUAGUGAAGGACACAAGUCUUUACUAUUACAGGAGAACCGUCAUUCUUUCUAAUUUAUACAACAAGUGGUUUCGUUUGAACGUUAUACACGACGUGGACCGCAACACUGUUAAAGUCUACAUAGAUGGGGUUCUCAAAUAUGAUGGAGCUGGACGCCGUGGAAAAUCGCAUUAUUUCAAGUGCGGGUUGUACUCCCAGAAGGACGGUUCGUCCUAUAUGGAGUCUCGUUGGAGAGAUAUCAGAAUCUUUAAAAGACAUGAUUAAACGUCGAUAUCAUAAUCUUCAAAAAACAUGGUUCAAGUUCCUGGCUUUAGGGCCAUCGAAGGGUUUGUUUAAUUGUUAAUUUCAGGAUCUCAUACGAUCAGUGAAG